AUGGCUUUAUCCAAGGAUGCCGCUUCCAUCUACGACUUCACGUGCCUCGACAUUGACGGCAACGAGGUGCCGCUCUCCAAGUAUGAAGGCCAGGUGUGCAUUAUCGUCAACGUGGCCUCCAAAUGAGGCAAGACCCCGACCAACUACCGGCAGUUGGUCCAGCUGUACGAUACCUACAGAGAGCAGGGUCUCAGAAUCCUGGCCUUCCCGUGCAAUCAGUUUGAUAACCAGGAGCCGGGCACGCCGAACGACAUCAAGAAGUUCGUCGCGGGGUACGGUGUCAAGUUCGACGUGUUCACCAAGAUUAAGGUGAAUGGCUCUGGAACGGAUCCACUGUGGGUGUACCUGAAGAGCAAGCAGAGAGGGACGCUGGGCAACUUCAUCAAGUGGAACUUUGCCAAAUUUGUGGUGGACCGCAAGGGCCAGCCGGUGGCGCGGUUCGGGCCCGGCGAUGACCCGAUCCCUGCUGUUGAGGAUGCUGUGAAGAAGCUGCUCUGAGUGACCUGAGAGGGCCGCCGCCGCCGCCGCCGCCGCCGCCGCCACCCCGCCCGUCGGAUGACGUCUCGACUGGAA